GGCGAGGAUGGGCGGCUGGGCGCUGGCGGUGCUGCUCUGCGCGCUGCAGGCGGGCCGCGCCGCCGCCACCGAGCUCACCUUCGAGCUGCCCGACAGCGACAAGCACUGCUUCCACGAGGAGCUGGAGCAGGGCCUCAAGUUCACGCUGGACUACCAGGUGAUCACAGGGGGACACUACGAUGUGGACUGCUAUGUGGAGGACCCCAAUGGUAGGACUAUCUAUAAGGAGACAAAGAAGCAGUAUGAUAGCUUCCCACAUCGAGCUGAAGUCAAGGGUGUCUACACUUUCUGCUUCAGCAAUGAGUUCUCCACCUUCUCGCACAAAACUGUCUACUUUGACUUCCAAGUCGGUGAUGAGCCGCCGAUCCUGCCUGACAUGAGCAAUCGAGUCACUGCCUUGACACAGAUGGAGUCUGCCUGCGUCACGAUCCAUGAGGCUCUGAACACAGUGAUAGACUCCCAGACUCACUAUCGCCUGCGGGAAGCACAGGACCGGAACAGAGCAGAAGACCUCAACGACCGGGUUUCAUACUGGUCGGUUGGGGAAACCAUCAUUCUCUUUGUGGUCAGCAUUGGCCAAGUGAUGCUGCUCAAAAGUUUCUUCACCGAAAAGAGACCAGGCAGUGGUGGAGCAGGCACCUAGGAGCUGAAGACGUUCCUGUGCCCAGACUGCAGGAGAGGGUGGGAGGCAAGAGGGGACAGCAGUCUCCUGGGUCACAUGUUACCUCUGUCCUUUGCAAGGUGCUGCCAUGGGGAGGGGUCUGGGGAAAAAGCAGGGGAUGAUGCAAGACUGCUGACCUAAACAGCAAACGGUCGUGGGCACAGGCCUCCCUGAGCAGUUCCCGCUAGUGACACUUCCCUUUUUGCCAUCACCCACCCGGCUCCACGGUGCCUGCUGCUCCCUGUCCCUCACCCAGCCUGUCUGUCCCUGCUCUCUGACGUCUCCGGGGAAGAGGGAGGGCUUGCUGAGGUUUCGCAUCAGCAGUCCUUACCUGAUGCCCAGUCCCCCUCCGGAGCCAGAUGCGAUUGCAAGAUGCAGCCCUAUGUCCCGCAAGGCCACACACUGCCCACAUGCACCCAGGAAAGCCCGAGGCCCAGGGGGCAGGGUGCUGCUCCCAGACCCCACUGGCGGAAGCCCAAGUGGGGUGGGGGCAGAGCAGAUCACCCCAGCCCCCUCCUACUGACCUUUCCAGCACCAUAGGAUGUGCUGUUAGCCUAGAGGAGUAGACCUGCAGGAUUUGUGCCUCCAGAGGCUGUGGAAGAGCUAGACACAGGAUCGGCCCUCCCAGGCCCUUCUUGGCAGGAUGAUCUAGCAAUAUUCUUGAUGAAAUUUUAAUAAUGACAUAAGUCUACAUCUGGGGCUUGGCACCACAAACGAUGCCAUGCCCAGCAAACAGCAGGCAGGAGCAAGCACAGCUCUGCUCCCUCUGUGCCAAGGGAGAGACUGCAGCCAGCGGGAAGCCCCCAGUCCCUUCCCAAGCAGCAGUGAGAACACCCUGCUCUGUUGAGACUGCAACCCCACUACCACCCCUUCAUUGGAGUCCCCCAAACACAGACCCUGCUGCUUCCCCUGGCCACAGCAGCAAGGCUGGCAGGAUGCAGCAUGCGAGUGAACUGCUGUUCCCAGAUGACCCCACAGCAACUUGUGCGUGACCCUUUGGAGACCAGACCAUCAGCCACUGCCAUCAGCCCUCCAGCAGGCGUGCACAGGAAUCACACUCCUCCUGAGCCAGAGCAGCACCACUGUAAUGCUACUUUGCCUCUUCAUAAUAAACUCAUGAGAUCAC